GUUUAUUAAAUAAAUUUAUAAAAUAAUAAAAAAAUAAUAAUUUAAUUUUUCCUUUCGCGAAACCGAAAGGUGAAGACCAACAUAAACAUCGUUUGCCGCAGAGACAGCUCUGUUUCCACGCAAAGCUUCUUUUAUGGAAGCUUGAUUAUUUCCCUUUAUAUUAGUCUAUUCUUUUUUUUUUUUUUUUUUUUUUUUCUGGGAAAAAAAUAUUUUAGAGAAAUUGAUUUGUUUCUUUGACAAAUUGUUGAAAAAUCUCGUCGUUCUUCUUCAAUCCCAGCAUGGAGUUCAAGUAUAAGAUUUGCAAGGUUGAUUGGGAGAAUCUUCCAAAGGAACUUUUGACUGCCAUAUCACAGCAGUUGACGUUCUUGGAAGAUGUCAUUAGCUUUAGCAUUGUCUGCAAGUCAUGGCAAUCAGCUGUUGCUUCAGGGGAAAAACCAUCUAUACCUCCUCGGUUUCCGGUGCUAAUGCAUAUACAGAUGAAAGAUAAAGAAGGUGAAAGUGACCAAGAGAACUAUGACAUGCGAAGGCACAGAUCAUUUGGUCUUAUUUCACGAGGACUCUUUGUUUCACUAGAGAGGGGAAAGAAAACAAGUACCACUCGCAGUUGCAUACGGCAUUUUGAGUCUAAUGUAUGGAGAAUUAAGUUGUCAGAAGUUUCUUAUAGAAGAUGCUUCUGCUCAAAUUUCGGAUGGUUGCUUACUCUCCAUACAGAUUUACAUAUUAAUCUCUGGCAUCCCUUUUCUGGAUACAAAAUAAAACUUCCUCCCAACCCUAACUUCGAUGAUUUAGCUGAUCCUCAGCACCCUGCUUUUGGUUAUCUGUUUAAUCUCUUUGCAGAUUAUGAGCCAAAGGAAUUUACUGACAUAUUCAUCAGGAAGGCUGUUCUAUCAUCAAAUCCCUUGCAUAAAACAACUGGCUUUGACUAUGAAAACCGUGACUGUGUAAUAAUGGCAAUAUUCUCAGAAGCUGGUAUACUGGCAUUUGCACGACCAGGGGACAAAGCUUGGACCAAAGUUGAUGUUCCUUCACAUUACUAUCAUGACAUCAUCUACUAUAAGGAAAAAUUCUAUGCUGUUGAUUGCAAGGGUGCACUUGUUCUUUGCAACUUGAAUGAUGAUCAAGGUCCAAGAGCUUCUGUAAUUGCACCAAGUCCCGAAGGAAUGAUUGAUUCUUUCAUGAAGUACCUUGUUGAAUCUUCCGGGGUUAUUAUGCUCGUUUUGAGGGCUCGUACAAAUUGGUAUUCUGGGACUGAAAAUAAAAAUGAGCCUCCUUAUUGGACGUAUAGGUUCAGGAUUUUUAAGCUGGAAGAAUGUAGUCAGGUGGGAACUGGAUACAGUUACAAUUGGGUUCAAGUGAACAACCUUGGCAGAAGUGCAUUGUUUAUAGGCACUUCAUCUUCGUCCUUUUGUGUAUCAGAUAUCAGGGGUCGUUGUAAAGCCAACUGCUUGUAUUUUACAGACGAUUUUCAAUAUGAAAUUGGUCAUGACAUGGGUGCUUUUAAUUUGGAAGACAACACUGUUGAGCACUAUUUUCUUCAUCAACCCUCCUCUUCUUGUUCUACUCCAUUUUGGUAUAUAUAAAUUUUGAUGUGCAAUCCAUGUAUUUUACAGGUUGUAUGUAUGUAUGUUUGAAACUACUCUUUUUGUUCUGAGCUUUCUGAACAUAAUUCCCUAUAGAAUGUAUUUUAAGAUUUAUUCUUUU